AUGACGCAGAUUACCCUUUUAAUUCGUCGCUGCGUAAGCAAACUCUCCUCUAUAUUGGAGGAGAAGGAGGAACGGAUUGUUAAGGCAAUUAUCGCUAGCAUAAAGCUUAUCGGACGAAAAGACGAAGUGGUCCUUAUAGCACCGACGGGUACCGCGGCCGAUAAUAUCGGUAGGAAUACGUAUUAUACAUCGUUAGGAAUAUCUAUCGACCGUUCACGUCGAACACGGAUAAACUCCAGAAUCGCUAAAUCCCUCGAUAGAUCCUCUCCUAAUCUUUUUGGUGGUCUUCCUAUAGUGAUCCUUAUCGGUGACUUUUUUCAGUUUCCACCCGUUCUCGGUCCGGCGCUAUGGAGGGAGCCAAGAAGAGGCAUAGAUAAGGAUGAAAAUGGUCGGGUCCUCUGGCAUCAGUUCAAAAAGGUAAUCAUCCUCGAUGAGUAA